GGACUCGUCUUCCCCUACGACCAUUCGAGAGUUUAAUUUUCAAUAUCUUUCGUUCUCUCUAUCUUUCGACCUUCUUUCUCUCUCUAAGAUCGUAUGGUGUACGGUCCCACGGCAAGUACCAUGGAGGCGCCGCCGAUCUACAGUCUUCCGCAGGACACGCUGCACCAGAUAUUCUCAGCUCUUCCCCUCCGUCAGAUCAUGAUCUGUCGCUCCGUCUGUAAGCUCUUCAACGAAGUCCUCACCACACCUUGCUUCCUUCACCUCAUCUCCGCCACCUCAUCGCUUCACCUCCUCGCUCUCCGCCCUCCUCACCACCACCACCACCACCACCACCACCACCACGCCCACCGCCUCCACGUUUCCUCCCAUCCCGGCCUCCACGUCUUUGACCCCGAUCAGAGCCAAUGGCUCAGAUUCAACCUCGAUUUCCUCCCAUUCCGCUCUCUCCACCCAGUCGCCUCCUCUCUCGGACUCGUUUAUCUCUGGGGAGACUCACCCGACUCUUCUCCCGGGAUCAGCAAGUCGCUUCUUGUUUGCAACCCUUUGACUCGACAGUUCCGGGUCUUGCCUCAGCUGGGUUCGGCCUGGUCGCGUCAUGGUUCGGUCCUGGUUGAUUCGGUGAGUCGAGUCAUGGUGUUGACUGAACUUGCUGCGCUUUAUUGUUUUUCGGGCUCGAACCAAUGGCUAAGCUUCUCUUCGAAUUUGCCGUCGAAACCCAGAAGCCCUAUUCUGGUCUCCGACUCUGUUUACGCUCUUUGUGAUGUGGGUUCGCCGUGGCGAAGUCAGUGGAAGCUUUUCUCGUGCACAAUCGCGAAGAUGAAGAACUCGCAGACAUGGAAUCGGCUCGAGAGGCACGAGUGGGGGGACGUGUUUGAUAUCUUGAAACGACCCCGUUUGGUGAGGGGGAGUGGGAAUCGAAUCCUAAUGGUUGGUGGGUUGAAAUCUUCAUUCUCGUUGAACUCGUCGUGUUCGACGAUUUUGAUCCUGAGGUUGGAUUUGGAUAGUUUGGAGUGGGACGAAGCGGGUCGGAUGCCGUUGGAAAUGUUCAGGUGUUUUCAGGAGUCGAGUAAGUUUAAGGUGUUUGGUGGGGGAGACCGGGUUUGCUUUUCGGCGAAGAGGGUCGGAAGAUUGGCCUUGUGGGAUUACUGCUCCGGGAAAGGGGAUUGGCGAUGGAUAGAUGGUGUGCCCGGAAGUGGUGACGGCCUCAGCAGGGGAUUCGUUUUCGAGGCGAGGCUCACGGCAUUGUAGCCUUGAGGACUCUGCUCGAGUUUCGGAUUUGAGGUUGGUUAUAUAUUUUACAACCGAGACCAAUGUUAUUGUUGUUGCUGCUGCUGCUGCUGUAUGUAGAAAUUGAAAUAGAGCACUUGCCAUUACUGUUAAGUUUAAUGUGUUUAUGCAAAUCAAAGAGAAUUUCCCAGUUGGUCUUCAUGUUGUACUGUAUUUACUUUCACAAAUUUGAAUGCUUAAUUUUUCAUGUCGAAAGGAGAAAGAAAAUUGCUGUUCUUGUUA